AUGGCUCCCCACGCCAACGACGUCGCCGCCCGCUCCGCCGGCACCGGCUCCGGCACCGCCCCCUCGCGCCUCCACGCCGCGUCGACGGCCGCCGCCAUCGCCUCCGAGGCGGAGCACGCCGCCCACAACUACCACCCGCUGCCCGUCGUCUUCGCAGAGGCAAAGGGCGUCGACGUCUGGGACCCCGAGGGCCGCCACUACCUCGACUUCCUCUCCGCCUACAGCGCCGUCAACCAGGGCCACUGCCACCCGGAGCUCGUCAAGGCCCUCGUCGACCAGGCCGGCCGCCUGACCCUCAGCUCCCGCGCCUUCCACAAUGACGUCUUCCCCAAGUGGGCCGAGAAGAUCCGUCAAGUCUUUGGCUACGAAAUGGUCCUGCCCAUGAACACGGGCGUCGAGGCCGUCGAGACGGCCGUCAAGAUUGCCCGCAAGUGGGCCUACAAGGUCAAGGGCGUCGAGCAGGACAAGGCCCUCGUCUUGUGCGUUGCCGACAACUUUCACGGCCGAUCGAUGACGGCCAUCACCCUCUCGACGGACCCCGAGUCCAAGGAAAACUACGGCCCCUAUGUGCCAAACAUUGGCGCCUCCAGCCCCUCGACCGGCAAGCCAAUCCGCUUCAACAACGUCGCCGACCUCGAGGAAGUGCUCGAGGCCCACGGCAAAGACACGGCCGCCUUCCUCGUCGAGCCCAUCCAGGGCGAGGCCGGCGUCGUUGUCCCUGACGACGACUACCUCGCCAAGGUCCACGCCCUCUGCAAGAAGCACAAGGUGCUGCUCAUCUGCGACGAGGUCCAGACGGGCAUUGGCCGCACCGGCCGCAUGCUGUGCUCGGAGUGGUCCGGCAUCAAGCCCGACGUGGUGACGCUGGGCAAGGCCAUCUCGGGCGGCAUGUACCCCGUCAGCGCCGUCAUGAGCAGCAAGGAGGUGAUGCUGGUGGUCGAGCCCGGCACCCACGGCUCCACCUACGGCGGGAACCCGCUCGGCUGCGCCGUGUCCAUCCGCGCCCUGGAGCUGAUUGAGGAGGAGAACAUGAUUGGCAAUGCCGAGCGCCUGGGCAACAUGUUCCGCGAUGGCCUUGCGGCGCUCAAGAGCCCCGUCAUCAAGGCGAUUCGAGGCAAGGGCCUGCUCAACGCCAUGGUCAUUGACGAGUCGGCCACCUCGGGCCGGACGGCGUGGGACCUGUGCUUGCUGCUGAAGAAGAAGGGUCUACUGGCCAAGCCCACGCACGGAGACAUCAUCCGGUUCGCCCCUCCGCUGGUCAUCACGGAGACGGAGCUGAGGAAGGGCCUCAACAUCAUCGCCGAGGCCAUCAAGGAGCUGCCCACUGCCGAAAAGGCCGCCGGCCACUGA